AUGACCGUCUUCUCUCCGGGUGGCACCGCGACAGCCGUAGCAAACUCGGCCUUCUUCGGCCAGGAACACUCGUCGAGCCCCGCAACCAAGGGGAGGCUGUGGGCUGAGAGGAUCGAAGCAGCUAGGGUAGAGGCGCCCGGACCAUCUGGAGGAGAUUCAGAGGCCGCAAAGAAGCGUGUGUGGAUGAAGAACUUUCGGCGCAAGCCGGACGCGAAGGGCGGUGGAAAAGCUACUUUCAAGACAAGCGGAGCCGCAGGGAGAAGCAGAAGCAGAAGCCUUUCAGGAAAUGGCGGGGAUGACAUUAGCACUCUCACGGACGUGGCGGGCGAACAAGAGCGUGGAGAUGGUGGUGACAGGAGCAGCAGCAGCGAUUCGAGCAGUGAUUCGAGCAGCGAUUCGAGCAGCAGCCGUUGCAGCAGCAGCAGCGGAAGUCGGAGCACCGCCACUCGCAACGACAGGAGCAGCGACUCGGAUAGCAGCGACGACAGCAGUAGCAGCAGCAGGCCGCAGGAUGCCCAUGCCGAGUACCAGCGGAGAGUCUGUCAACGCCCUCACGCCCCCCCGGUCUACUUUCACAAGUGGAUCCGCGCGUGCGGCAACGGCCACUGCUACAGAGGCCUCUUGGCCGAGGAGCGGGGUUCCCGCUGGGGCCGAAGAACGCCUGCAUCACAUGACCUCCUCUCCCCCCUCGACCCCAUCUACUACGCCCGCAGUACGCGCAUCCUGUUGAACCCGUUCACGGCGCAUGGUCAGACCUGGAACCACAACAACAACCACACGCUCCCACCGCACUGUGGCGUCAGGAAGAACCGCUGGGGGGGUACGCUUUUGCCGGACCGCCGGCGUCUAACCUGCGUUGUGAGCAACAGGACCCGCGCCACCAGCAGCAGCAGCAAGAGCCCGCCGAGACCGACAACCUGAUCACGCUGUCCUCCUCGCCACCAAAGAAUUGACUGAUUGUCAUGUCCGCUGGGGGCGCGAGAGCCCUGUGCAUUGUAGGGGCUUGAUUUCGACAAUGUUCGUGUCUCGUGUAGUCUGUGGUCUGGGCCCGGAAAAUAGUUCUCAAAAAUCCUCGAUG